AUGGCGUUGCCUUGGGCUUGGCUGCUCGCAAGCGACGAAGGGAGCGCCUGCGCUCGAUGGCUGAGGGCGAUCGAGUUGGCGGCGCCGAAGGCGGAGGGGCUGCCGCUGCACCUCUCGAGCAGCAGCAGCACCGGCUACAGGGGCGUGUGGCCCCGCGAUGGCCGCUUCCAAGCGCAGUACAGGGUGGACGGAAGGAUCCGCCACGUCGGCGCCGGCUUCGCCACGGCGGUGGAGGCGGCGGUGGCGUACGCGCGGGCGGUCGGCCGGCACCAGCUUCCCGCCCCUCCCGCCCCGCACGCCCCGCCCGCCCCUCCGGCGGUGGCGACAGAGGCGGAGGGGCUGCCGCUGCACCUCUCCAGCAGCAGCAGCACCGGCUACAGGGGCGUGUACACCAGCGGUGGCCGCUUCAUGGCGCAGCGCAGGGUGGACGGCCUGGCUGUCUGCCUCGGCACCGGCUUCGCCACGGCGGUGGAGGCGGCGGUGGCGUACGCGCGGGCGGUGGCGGAGGCGGAGGCGGAGGAGAGCGGCGGCCCGGCGACAAAGGACGUCCUCAAGCGGGCGGGCUUCGAGGAGUGGGCGGCGGCGGAGGGCGAGCCCUCUGGGAAGCGGCAGCGCAGACCUUCAGGGAAGUUGGCCGAGGCGCGCGCGGCGGCGAAGGAGCUGGCCCAGGCGGCGGCGAGGCGGGCGGUGGAUCGAACGCGGCGGCAGCAUGCGCGCACGACUCCCGCCUCCAGCGCCGGCACGGGAGUCAAGCUCGAGGUGGCCGCUCCGCGCGCGCCCGGGCAGCCCGGCGCCGGCUCCAGCGCCGGCACGGGCGUCAAGCUCGAGAUGGCCGCUCCGCGCGCGCCCGUGCAGCCCGGCGCCGGCUCCAGCGCCGGCACGGGCAUCAAGCUCGAGGUGGCCGCUCCGCGCGCGCCCGGGCAGCUCGCCGCCGCCUCCAGCGCCGGCACGGGCGUCAAGCUCGAGAUGACCUAG